UGUGGUUUCCGUGGUCGCAGUCCUUGCGCACUCUCGCUCUCUGCCACACGAUCUCGCUUUCGGCCCCUAAAUCUCGCGGUCCGCCCCUCUCUCUCGCUCACUGCUCGGUUCUCUCGCGGUCCGCCCCCCUCUCUCGCUCACUGCUCGUCUCUCUCUCUCUCUCUGUCCCACGCUCGCCCCUCUCCCUCGCGUGCCGUCCCUCUCUCUCGCCUUCCGCCCCUCUCUCGCCUUCCGCCUCUCUCUCGCCUUCCGCCCCUCUCUCGCCUUCUGCCCUCUCGCUCGCCUUCCGCCCCUCUCUCUCGCCAGCACUGCACGUUUCCCGCCCCUGGCAGCAGUUGGUGAAUCCCGCGGCCGCCACCACCAGGCCCGCCGCAAGCCUCUCUCAUUCCGCCGCGUCUCUCCUCGUCACACAUAGCCGUCACGCCGCACCGGGAUGGCCCCUUCAGCGCUCCUCCCCGCGCCCACCUGCACGUCCCGCCUACUUCCUGGCCUUCCGUCGCCCGCCCUCCCAUCCUCCCGCCAUGUGCACCAAUCAGCUAUUCCCGCGCGGCAAUUCUCCCGGACCACGCUCAGCUCCGCGCCGGCUUCAUGGUCUGUUGUGCGCGCCGUAGGUGGCGGGGGCGGCGCGGGCGGGCCGGAGACGUUCUUGUCGCUGGAGGAGGCGGGGCUGGUGGAGCUGGCGGGGCUCGACACGCACGAGCGCUUCCUCGCGCGCCUCACGAUUUCUUCGCUGAACCUCCUGCGGGUUGUAUCAGAGCAGGAGGGCGUGCCUAUAGAGGAGCUCAACGCGGGCCGCGUGUGCGACUGGUUUCUCAAGGACAAGGCCAAGAGGGAGGAGGACAUCGACUCCGCUGUUCUUAAGUGGCCAAAGGCCCCUGAGUGGUGAUUCGUGGUGGGCUCCAAUGGAAGACCCCGGCGCGUUAGUCCGAAGGAGAAGUUGACUCUAGAGACAGGGUUUAUCUUAGAAACUUAGGACUAAAGUGUCAACUUAUACAUAUUAUCUAUGUAGAAGUUAUAGGCUAGACUGAGGUAUGCUUCUAGUGAGUACAACCAACUA